GAUAGCCAGCCAGAUAGCCAGCGAGUCAGCCAGUCACACAGUCAGUCAGCCAAUCAGUUAGUCAGUCAGUCACUGAUUUUGAUUGAUUAUUGAACCCCAAACUCGAAACUGAAAAUUCGAACGUGCCUUUCGGUUCUCAGUGCAUGUGUGUGUACGAGUGACUGUGUGUGUGUGUGUGUGUACACACAUAGUUAUCUCUGUAUCUAACAGCAGCAGCCGCACCAGCCGCAGCAGCCUCAGCAGCCACAGCAGCCGCAACCGCAUCCAGCUUCAGUCUCAUCCGUCAGUCCAACGGCCAGAGUCAGUGUCAGAGCUAACUCGCUCUCCCUGUCUCACUCUCUCUCCGCAUCACGCUCGUUCGCUCGCUCUGUGAAUCUAUCUCGGUUGCCCACUGGCUGGAGGAUAUCUUUGCGCUUGGUUCAGUUUCAGUUCGUAUUUGGACGCGGCCUCGCCGACGUGUGUAAACGGAAUCAGUGCGUGCACAUACUUCUAGCAACGACUGUGUCGCGUAUUUAACAAACAACAUAAUAACAUAUAUAUAGUGGAUAUAGUAAUAUAUACACGUGUCUGAAGUUCAGUGACAAGCUAUAUUCUUAGCCCAACAUAAAUACUUAUAAAGUAUACGGCAUAUAUAUACAUAUACACAUAUAUAGAUAAAUAUAUAUACAAGCAUAUAUAGUUAUCGUGCUAAACAAAAAUCUAGCGCCGCAUAAAUAAUACUUCUAUCUAUAUACACGCACGAUUUUAACCCGCAAAGUUCACGCGUCGCAUCUCAAUAAAUAUAAAUAUAUAAAAUUGUGCGACCGAGUUUUUAGUUAUUUGCUGGUGUGAUAGAUAAUAGCGAACUCAUCUUUAGAGGCGCAUCGUAAAAUAAAUAUACACAAAUAAUAAAAUAAACAUUUCAAAUAUAUAUACAUAUAGAUAUAUAUAUAUAUUUAUUAUAUACAUAAAUCAAUCUACAUAAAUUACAACAGAAUGAAGCUGUUUGCAGUAUUCUUGGCAUUGACGCUCUAUGCGCUGACACUGGUGCAGUGCCUCAGCCUGCCCGAUCCGAAUGUGAAGUGCAACAUGGAGUGCGAUACGCAGGAGAAUCAAUUUAUAUGCGCGGCGGAUGACAAAGGAGUCACCAAAACGUAUCGCAAUGUUUGUAUUAUGAAGACCGAGAAUUGCCUCCAGAAUGCAAACUUUCAGAAGAUCAGCGACAAGGAAUGUCCAUAGAUGCUAGAGCCAAGUCCCAGCUUUGACAGUGCGCAAAUUUAGAACGAUGA